GUCGGGGAGCAGAGGACUGGAUAUUAGCCUCGCAGCCUUACAAAGGCAGGAUCCGUAUAUUUUUCGUAUUGUGGAUGUGGCUAGUCAGGUAGCGCUAUACACCUUCAGUCAGAGAGACAAUGAAUGGGAUUUGGACGUUCCUUAUUGAACCUAAAAGGGUGAUGUGCUGCUUUCUGGAACUGCUGCAAGACCACUGUGCUGUUAAGAAGAGUGUUCCAGGAUUUUGACUUGUGAUAUUACCAUGGAUUAGAUUUCAGGGAACUACCCUUUUUAUGGCGCUUAUCUGUAUUUGUUUUCACAGAAACAAGUACAGUCAGCUUGGAAGUCUGUGCAAAGGCAAUUAUGUAUAUGCCAAAAGUCACGUCAAAGAACAUAAAGAUCUUUUAAGACUGGGAAUGUUCCUGUUCUGGGUCACUAAGCAGGAUUUAAUAGUGUAGCCUAUACACCUAAUGUAAAAGUUUGAUUGAAUGAGGAAGGAAAAGUGUCAGAUCUGCCUGCACAGGUCAGUCAGAGAUCAGUAGUGGAUUCCUUGCAGAGAGAGACAAUACUCUGGAAGUCAACUUGCCAAACUGGGAAACUGAGAAGUGUAAAAAUGAUUUCUUAAGAGCUGUGGCACAUCUUAAUUGGUUCAUGAAGAACUGAGAGAACCCUCAAGAUUUCUAAUGUAUAGAAAGCUGUUGGAUCAAAUUCAGAACAAAUAAAAGGAGAAGACUGACGUCGAAGGGACCUUAUUUGUUUAUGCAAGAUCUGCUUCUCCAAGGCAUGGCUUUACCAUCAUGAACAGACUUAAUGUGGAGAACAGGACUGAACCAAUUACCAAGGAUUUGGACUUUCAGUUACAAGACCCUUUUCUACUCUAUAGAAAUGCACAAUUGUCAAUCUAUGGGAUCUGGUUCUAUGAUGAGGUGGAAUGUCAAAGAAUUGCAGAACUUAUGAAGAAUUUAACUCAGCUGGAGCAGUUGAAGGCACAACAAGAAGUUGGAUCACCAAUCUCUAACCAAAAUGAAGCAGUGGACAUUGUGCAGAUGCUGUUCAAGGCUGAACACGAAUAUAACAAGGUUAAGCUGUCUUCUGAGCCAAAACAGAUGACUAGUUCCAAUCUGAUUCGCAAUAGUUCAAAUUUGAUCAAGCCAAUUCCAAUUAAAUUGACUGAGUUUGGAACAGACACUCAUUAUCAACAAGUACAGCAACAGAACAAGAGCACAGAAUUGGGAACAAAGCAUUUGAAUUUGGCGGUCUUGUUUGGAACACAAGAAAAAUCUACUUUAACUAAUGUGCCAAAUGAAACACAGGAAUUCAAGAGUAAAGCUUCCAGUCGACCAGCUGUUGUACGUUCUCUGUCUUAUGAGGAACCCAGAAAACUGCUCGAGCUUGAAACUUCCCAAAGUGUCAAAAAGCAGUUUUGUCCUGCUAUUCAGAAACUAAUGAGUUGUGGAGUUGACCUGCAUCCAGUAUCUGAGUUACCAGAAAAUCAUUCUUGUGAAAACCAAAGUGAAAAAAGUAUGGAAGAAUCAUUAGCAGGACUGUUCCAAUCUCAAUCCUCAACAGGAAAAAUAUCUCUGCAGCAAACUCGCUUGGAUAAAUCCAGUUCCUUAUUCCCUAAAGGUACUCACAAGUUGCUUCAGAAACUACAUUGUACCCAGGCAUCAAUUUCCACAUCAUGUCCUACUGUUAUACACUCUGACCUCCUCUUCAGCAGAACUCCGAAUGGUUCCCAGAUACAGCCUGUUUCACAGUCUCAGUCUGCCUAUCUUAGCUCCACCCUACAAGUGCAACCUGAAAUGCACCAUGUUCCAACAAUAGACAAGUCCAAGAGCACUAUUGCCUCAAAUAGUUGUACUAAUCAAAUACAAGCCUCCAGUAUCAUACCCCCUCAUGAAUUGUUUCAGAAGCUGCAGAUAGUUCAGCAGGAUCAGCAACAUCAUGCUGGAAAAAUGACUCUUGCAGCUAAGUUUUCAGCUCAGCCGCCACCAUUAGUCAAUCAGUCUGAUUCUGCAAUGAAACAUUUUGAUUCUCAAACUGAAAAAUUUAUCAGUUCAGAAAAACCAAACCUACUUAUUCAGGCAAUCUCCCCACAGCGCAUUCCAGCUACAGUUAUACCAUCUCUGUUGAUGUCGCCCACAGUGUUCACCCAGUCUUCAGUGGGAAAGCCAAUGAUGAGAGUAGAAGCAAGUCCCAUACUUUUAUCACAGACAGAUACCAUUAUGACUCCUAAACAGUUACACAGUGGUUUGCAUUCAUCUGCACAGAUGGCAGAGCUGACUAAUAAAAAACCACAUGCGCUUACCAAGAAUCAGUUACAGGAAACUCUUUUAUAUCUUUUGCAGAAUGAUCCCAACUUUGUGAAUGCCAUUUAUGAAGCUUAUCUCACAAGCCAAUCAAACACCUCAGCAGAGAAGAAAACUUGAAAGUAUGAUGCAAGAUGUAUAAGUAGAUCUAAUUUAGUGAAAAUAGUCGAUGGUUCAUACUACUAAAAUAAUUAUUUUGUUCUUAUUUUGUAAGAGUAUUUUUGCUUUGAAAAUUAUGCUUGCUUUGAGUAGAACAGCUUAAAGAAUUACCUUUCACACUGGAUAACUUUUACUGCUGCUCAGGCUACCUUUUAAACUGUUUUAAAAUUAUGAUCAUUUUAAAAAGGAGUUGCAAUAUCUGAAAAAUAAUUUUAUCUGAAGACCACUUCUGUUUCAUGAGAUAUUAGUAUUGUAUUUUUCCAUUGAUUCAGCAAAAUAAAAACUCAAUACUAGUCUGUUAUUUGAAUCACCAACAACUUGUUGCCCAUGUACAAAAAUGAAUAUUGGUAAAGCAAAACUCACUUUUAUUUGCCUGACAAAAAAAAAAUACAUAACUACCUUGUUUUCUUUCCCACUACUUCAGAUUGUGCCAUAUGAAUUCUUUGUAUCGGUCUUCAUGUGGGCAUCGCUUACUUUGUUUAAAAUGAAGCCUAACUUGAAUUGAUCUGGAAGGAAACUUUGUUACAAAUAGGAUUGCUUAUCCAAAAUGCCAAAUUGACUCUGCACAGAUGCUUCUAGGAUGCUGUGUGACAGGUCAUAGUCAUAAAGUGUCUGCUUUACACGUGUGCUCAUCUCAUCAGGCUGAUGAGAGGGCUGGGAAGGUAUAGGAAUGGUGGGAGUAAGAGGAACGUAGAUAGAGAGUUUUGUCUCCCAAGUGUCUAGUAAAAUGUCUAUUUUUAAAAAUCCUAAUGUUAACAGAACCUCUCUCUCACUUCCCCAUUUUCAGACAGGGAUUGACAGAAACUCUGUUUCUGAAAUGGCCGCUGGAUUGCAUUUACAUUUCAUAAUUGUAGGAAUAAAUUUGAGAGUAAAUCAGUAACAGUUCCAGUAAAUAGUUCCAUGUUCAUCUGUUAGAAAAUUACUGUUAAAGUUGAAGCUAUCGAAUUUCUUUGAAAUUGAUGAGAUAUAUUAACCAAUUAGGAUCUAUACGUCUAAGAAACCAUUCUACCUGCAGCCAGAUCUGUGAUGUGUGCAUGGAGUAUCCUGGGGACUUUGGUGUUUGCAGCAGUUGAAAGAAGCGACAAACAGCAGAUAAUGAGAGUGGAGAAUGCUAAUGUUUCCGAUUAGGCUCUGGCUGCUCCCAGAAUUUGUAAAUGCUGCUCCUGCCAAUCACCUCAAAUUUAGGGCCUGGCUAAUUGACAGCAGCUCCAGAUCAGUAGUAAAAGAGAACAGGACUGAAGGCAAAUGGUUGGUUCUCUAACCAAUCAGACUAAAUGUGGGGUAGGACUGAGUUGAUCCAUCUUAUCAUAACUGACUCAACUGGCCACCGGUGAAUGGGCAGCAGGAGCUAGUGAAGUGGGUUGGCCAGGAAGCUGCUUUCCUGCAUGUGCCCACUCAUUGUUCUGUCUAUGUUUACAAUAAAUUUAGCUGUUACAAAUAUGAAAUUUGUCAGAUUAUAUUUUGGGACGUUGUCUUCAAUUUUAAGAUAAAAUGGAGGAAUGUAGAAGUUCUCAUGACUUGUCCUGUAUUCUGCCAGUCAGCAGGCUUGUGUGGGUUGGUUGUGAAAGGUUCAGAAGGAGUCUAACUUGACGUAUUAAGAAAGAAGUGCGAUACUCAUACCUAGAGUAUUUGUCUCAGCUCUCAGUCGAGCCUCAUUUUUCAUUCAUCACAACUGGAUUAUUGAAACAACUGGAUUAUUGAAACAGUUGUACCCCCGUUUGUUUUGACAGCCUUGACUGUUUGCUCCAUUUCACAAUGUUAGUUUUCAGUGCUUUGUAGUUUCAGGUGUUAGAAUUUAAAGGGAUUGGACAAUUGACAAAUAUUACCUUGCAGUGGAAAGAACUUUUUUAUAAUGAAGUUACGAAUUAAUACCUUUAAAAAGAUUUUGCGAAUAUGUUCAAAACAACCAUUCAUGUAACAGUUUAUAGUGAGUGAGUCGGCACAGAAUGUCACCUCUUGGUAAGAGGGUCAGUGUUAGGAAUGGUGAUAAUGUUUGAGGAAAUUCAUUGGCAUGGUGGCAUGAGAGACCAUGGGGAUGUUUGGGGUGAUAUAACUUUGCAUGGGGCAUAAUGGUCCUUGUAGGUUGAGAUGAAGGACCCAUACCUUAACCUAGCAGCCAUAGAAACUUAGAAAAUAUGUGCAGGAGUAGGCCUUUUGAGCCUUCACCAUCAUUCAAUUUCUAUUUCUGCUCUCCAGACAAUCCAAACAAAAAGUCUUCCAGCACUCUGCAAAACAGAAAAGCCAAUUCACAGUCUGUGAUGGUCAUGACCAAUGUUUUUUUAAAAACGCAUAUUGGUAAAGCUUGUUAUUGUUACAUGCUCCCUUUGUACCAUGCUUCCAGACUUGCCUGUCAUGAGCAGCUGCUCUGUGUAUCCCAAGUGACCAAGAAGAAAAUAGAGAGACAUAAAAGAUGUCUUUCCAAAAUCCGGUGUUACUGAUCUCAUUAAUUUGGCUGUUCCAAAUUGGCCAUCAUGCAAUAUUCUGCAUCACAUAUGUGGUGGAACAAGUCAGUGCUGAGGACCAAUGGAUUUGUAGAGUUUGACAAUGAUAUAUGCCAAUGUAGAAAAGGAAAAUGCUGGAAACACUCAGCAGAUGUGAUAGUAACUGGAGUGAAAGUGUUUCAGAAUUGGGACCUUGAUUCAGCGUUCUGAAUAUUAGUUCUGUUUCUCUGUCUCUAUAGACUAUGUAAAUUGAGGGAAGGUGAAGGGUUCAGUUUUCCCACCACCAUUCCAUUUUGUCAGUGUAGAGGCAGUCCUACUGUCCAGAGACCAAUUAUGUCACUUAAGUGACCAAUUAAAUGUCUCUUUCCACAAUAGUUAUUAGUAAAUGAGAGACUACUUGGUGAACAAUGGUGGUCUCUCUCGGUGGAAGAUCUCCACUUCAAGUCACUUAUGGCCUGUGGAGAGGCUCCCAGAAGGCACUAGCUACCAGCACAACUUUGCCAGGGCCUGCUAGCUGAUUCCAGAUCUCUCAGAUCCUGCUUAGCAUCCUGAAAUGGCAUCAUCAUCUUCCUAGUACAGACCUAACAGUAGGCCCCAUUCCCAGUGGUCUUGAUGUAAUUGCUAAGUUAAUAGUAUUCUAAUUGACCAGCAGCUGCUGGGAAUGAGUAACUAUCCUUUCAAGGGACAGCAGAGGACCUCUUGUGGUUUAGUGGCAGUGUGUCCCUACCUCUGGACUGGGAGCCUUGGGUUACAUACCUGCUUGAGAGGUGUGUAAUAAUAUCUCUGAAUGAUUUGGAGAUGCCAGUAUUGGACUCGGGUGUACAAAGUUAAAAAUC